AUGUCGCGCCCCCUGAAGCAAAGAGAUAUAGCAUGCGCUCGCUGCUUCCGACACAAGCGGAAAUGUGAUCAUGCGAAACCUUCAUGUGGCGAAUGUCGUCGCAAGGGUGCUGAAUGCUUGCCUGCUCGGUCUCGGAAAACGGGAGAUAACAUCACAAUCCCGCUGGAAUAUUUGAGACAGCUCGAGAAACGGGUCGCGGAGCUGGAUCGUGAGCCCAGUGUUACAGAAACAACAGUGGAAACAUGUGAUGCUGGUGUCCAGACGGAUUUUGAAGACCUAGAACACAAGCGCAAUGACUCAGACUACCUGGUGACCGACCAGAAUAGUAGCAGAGUAGAGAAAGAUGAAUCUCUCAUACUUCUGUCAGACUUGCAACACAGCAGCCACGGAUCACCUCGAACAUCUCCACCAUCUUUCUCCUCGGAUGCGUUUUCUUUAUUCCCGGAGACGACUUUCGACGUCCCAUGGAUCGACUUGGCACCCUCAUAUCCUUUGACCGAUGGCGACUCUCCUUGGCCGAGAGAGCUCUACACAAAUGUUUAUUUCUCGGUGACUCACCGCGAAUGGCCGUUCUUGAAUGAAGCAGCUUGGAAAUCAUGGCAUGCCGAAGCAAUCCUAGAUGGGCAGGAUGAAUGGAAAGCCUUCUUUCUGCAAAUGGUAUAUGCUAUUGGUGCAUCCCUUUGCAGUAAUCUCCAGCGAGACCCCUCGCACUCCGUCCGGUCAAAGGAAUAUUAUGCCUCGGCCAUGAGAUAUUACCCAUAUGUUGUCGGACAUUCGUCUAUGGUCUUACAAAUCCAAGCUUCACUGUUCAUGAUACUUUAUGCUAUGCAUUCUCCUUCUUCAGAGGAUAUCACAACGAGCGUCUCCUCUGUGUUACCUUUCUGCACAGCUGCCAUGACAGAGAUUCAAAAGCACGUAUCGAUAUACCGCGACAAUGGGUCCAUGACCGAGUCUAGUGAAAUUUUGUCUGAGAACAUGUUCAUCACUUGCUAUAUGCUCAAUGAAGUCAUUGUCUCUGGGUGGGAUCGCCCAGUAUCAGCUGCCUACAGGGUUGUUGAUGAUGACAUGUGCGCUCUGGGAGAUACCCUCCAACCAACCCUAAGUACAAACCCCGCCAUACGCCACUUGUUCCGACUACGCAAGAUCCAAGCCGGCAUCAGAAGAUCGCGGGAGAACCGGCCCCGCAAUCCCCUUGCCAGAGAUGGUAAAGGCUACAGCUCCUCAUUCAAGUCUGCUCUUGAUAAAUGGCGACAGGAGAUUCCAAACUAUGAAUCAGACAAUGCUCAACACGGGUAUCUCCAUCCUAUAUGGAUGCGAAAGCUGUAUGUUUACAGUCUCUUGAUCCUGAUAGAAGAGAAACGUGAUUUCAUCGAGAUGGACGGAACGGAGGAAAUCCUCGCGACAAUUGCGGAAGCCUGUCAUAAUUUCCGGCUCUUCCAGGAAGAAGGACAUGUGAUGUGUUAUACCUGGUCUGCACUUGUGUUCCAAUUCCGGGCAGGAAUCAUGAUGCUAUACAUUGUCUGGGCAACAGCUCCUGUUUCUGAUAUUCGCAAUCAACAGCGUAUCAGACAAGCUGUUGCUACAUGUUCAGCCAACCUGGCUGGCUUUGUCGACCGAUGGAAGGACGCAACGCCGUAUAUGAAUGUGCUCGAGUUCAUACGACAGAAGAUUAUGUGGAACACUGGCACAUUUGAACCUAAUUCUAGUACUCCGGUAUCACUUGAAGAGGCUGAAUUGCACUUGGAGCAGCUGAAGAAGAAUUAUUUGCACCGAGCUGUCUUGGGGAUGAUUGAAGAUAUGAUGUAUGGGGGAAGUAUACAUCAGGACUUGUUAGAGGACGAUUUCAAAGAGGUAUUGUAA